AUGUAUGAAAAUGUACCUAUGGAAACUGAAGAAAAAUCAAAGAGAAAACGGGGGAGAGCGUGUGAUCACGUACGGCAAGCACUGAAAAGAUGCCUUAGAGAAUCGGACUGUGUACAAAAGGAGCAUCGCCAAGCAAUGGAUUGCUUGCGCUCACAUGCUGAUAGUGUUCCGGCUCGAUGUUUUCAAUUAUUAGAUACAUUCGCUCAAUGUAAAUUAUCCCUCAUCGAUAAUCGUUUACGGACACGAGGACGAAAAUUAGACAUUCCGGAUACACAAACUUCUCGAGAAUGA